AUGGUUUCGAACGAGUUGUCGUCGAUUCCUUCUGCUAAUUUGAUAAUGCCCUCACCAGCUAAUUUGACUUCAAAUGGCAAUUCGGCCGAGACCGUUGUUGAGCCGAAUAAACUCCAGUUUGGUUUAUUCGAAGACGAGGACUCUCGAAUGUCAGGAUGUGAGUCUUCAGAGGGAUCGCAGUCCCAGUACUCUAUUGAGGAUGACUUCGCAAAGCCGCACGCAAAAGGUCCGUCUUUUCUUGCUGAUCGAUGCAUUUGA